AUGAAAAAUAAAUCCAAAUUAAAAGCCGAUGCUGAGACUGAGGCUAAUGUUGAUAUUAAUGUAAAGACUAAAGGAGUGAAAGCUAAUAAGUUUAGAUUUGAAAGCUACAUUGAUCGAAUUUCUGCGAUUGAGCUAAAGGUUGGAGAAGAUGAGGUUUGGAACUUUGGUUCGGAUAAUGUUGAGGAAGAUAAAUGGUAUUCUGAGGAUAAAUUUGGAGAUAAUACAUUGAUCAGUUCUGAAUCUGAACUGGAAAAUUCGGAAAUUUCUUUUGAACAACAAGUAAAAGAUCAGCUUUCCAGGACUGCUUUUGGGGAUAGUUUGAAAUAUUGGGAAGGAACUGUUAGAUAUUCAGAAUUUGUGGAAUUAGUUAGAAUUUUGAAACCAUAUAGACACUCCCUGGUUCACAUCAUUCAGUACUUGGAUUUUAUAAUUAAAGAACUUACUCAAAGAAUAAAUGAAUGCGAAUAUCCUGAAACUGCUGAAGCUAUUUCUUUCCUGAUUGGAGCAUUGGCUAAAGACACACGUUUAGAGCUUUUGCCAAUGCUUCCAAGUAUAUUUGAGGCUUUAUCUGUUCGUCUAGAAACUCCACUCGAUGAGGUAUCUAUAACAGGCCAAGGAGGCGUUGGACUUUAUAAUGAAAAAGUCAUACAAUCUGUUUUUUCUUGCACAAGUACCAUAUUCUUUUAUCUUUCAAAAUAUAUUAUGAAUGACCUUACCAAUUAUUUGCAUAUUUACAAAAGAUGGAUAUAUCAUAAUAGUUCUAUUAUUAGACAUUUUUCCUCUGAAUCUAUUGCAUAUGCUCUCAAAAAAAGCAAAGACCAGGAAAUUGUUAAAUCCUUAGAUAUGAUCUUUCUAUUUUCAUUCAAUGAGUAUAAUCACAGUACCUCAAAAAUUGAUCUUUUAAAUAAAUGGCUUUCUGAAGUGAUUGUUAAUGUUAUAUUCUCAAUUAAUGGUUAUAUCUCAACCCAAGGCGAACUUGUACUCAGAUAUUUAUUCAGACAUCUUGGAUUUGGACUCCAAAUAGAGCCUAAAUACUUAUUUAAUCAAACCAUAUCCAAUCAACACGAUCAAAGUAUUAUCUCAAAUUUUCUAACUUCUAUUCAUCAUGGACAAAAUAUUGGAAAUCAUAAUUUUGAGAGUUCUUGUAAUUUAGAAUUCAGAAAUUCUUUUCCUUCUCUUAAACUCAUUCUAAAUGAUAUUCUAGAUCACAUUAAUAAUCAUAUUACAGAUACCAGUAAUGUAGAAAGUUUUCAAGAAAUUCUGAGUACCCUAUUAUCUAUUUAUUUGGAAAUUUUUGACUCUUUUUCUAUAGCUUCCUCUGAAACUAAGUCAGUUUCUAUUAUACAAUUUGAAACACUUAACUUAAUUACAUCUAUCAAAAUGAUAACAAAUACUUGCCAUUAUAAGGUCAAUAAAGCAACUAUUAACUCUGAAUCUUCUGCUUAUAAAAAGAAAAUCUUCAGAUUUAACUUUUCUAUUAUAAUCCUGCAGUUUAUAUUAGCUACUAUAAAAAAUGGAAUGUUUAAAAAGUUAUAUAUAGAAAUUAUUCAGAUCCAAGAUGAGUCUUUUGAACUCCUGUCUCAUCUUAUUCUUGCUUAUAUGGACUUAAUCUCGAAAAUUUCUAUGGAUUCAAUAAUUAUUCGUGAUAUGAAUUAUAUUCAUAAAUUGGCUUAUCCUGACUUUAAAAUGUCCCAAAAUCAUUCUUUCACUAAAACUCUUUUAUCUACUUUGUCUUCUAAUUUUGGAAAUAUUAUAGAGGAGGCAUCUUCAGAUUCCCAACCUUGGAGUUGGUUAAAGACAAUUUUUGAAAUCUCUGUCAAUACUAAACAAAUACAAACUAGAUCAGAUCUAAUUAUUUUGAUCAUGGAUUCACUUUUAAGUAUUCUUCCUAUAUUUAAUCAUAAUUAUAAUCAAGUUGAUCAUUUCUUCAAGAUUGUUUUAGAAUACCAAAAAGUUCUCCUUGAAGAUUCAAUCAAAUCCGAUAUUCCUGACUAUAAGCUAAGUAACCGUAUAUUAGCAAAUAUCUAUAAGUUUAUUAACCAAGAAAAAUCUCUGGAUAUUAAAAGUUUAUAUUUAAAUAAUCCAUCUUUAUCCAUUCUGAUACUUAAAAACUGCAAGUUUCUCCUAAAUUACCAUAAUUUACAGUUAUCUGAACUAUAUAUAAUACUGGAAUUAUUAAGUUAUAUUUGCUUAGAAAACUAUUUUAGUUUUAAUUCAGAUUUAGAUUCUAACUUUGUUCAAGAUCUCAAGUCCUACUUGCUUAAGUUGUAUAAUAAGCUUUUUAAGUCCAGAUUAAAUGAUUACACAAGUCUUCUAGAUAUCUUUGAAAAUCUCGAGUGGAUCAAAGUAUUCAGAUUAUUUUGUUUAGUCUUUUCUAAAUUUAAAAUGGAUCAAGUUUCCUUGAAAAAUAUGACAUCCAAAAUCAAACUCUGGAUGAAUUAUAAUGAAACAUCAUCCUCAUAUUUAAAGAUCCUUAAAGAUUCUCUAUAUAAUAUUUCUACUAUCCCACUAGAAUACAAUUCUGAGAUGAUUUCAAUCAUGGAUAUUCUUCUUAAUUCUACUUUAGAAGAAUCUCAACCAUCUUAUGAUUUACAAAAUCCAGAGCUCAUUAGUGACUUAGAGAUCAUUUCACUAAACUGGAUAAUUAAUCCUCUUUAUGAAGUCAGAAAGAAAACUACCAUUUUUUUGUUUAAGUUCUUUUCUAAACAGAAAUCUACUACUGGUAUUUCUGAUCUGCUUCAAUUAGUUAAAAUGAUCAUGAAUUUAGAGGAUUCUGAAGCUAAUAUUGAAAAUGAAAGAACCAAAAUUAGGCAAAUCCAACAGAUUUCUGACUUUAUACAGUUAAAACUAGAGACUAAAUCAUUUGAAUCUGAUGAAUUUCUAAUCAAAUUAGCAAUUAAAAGUGUAAUUUCACAACUCUAUCUUAAACUCAGUUUAAUUUGGAAACCUUGUACUGAUAUUCUUACAAAACUAGUUAACUCUGUACAAGAAAAUGAAUGUGAUAAAAAUUCACAAUCUGAAUUUCUAUUAAAGAUCAUUCUUUCUACUACAUUUAAUCAAAUCUACUGUAAUACAUAUUUAAUGGAAGGAGAAUCCAAAACUCAUGAUUUGGGAUUACCACAUACAGAUGAGUUUACCCUUAUUGAGUGGUAUUGUAAACUUUUAACUCAAAUCAAAUUCUCAGAUUCUGAUAAAUAUCCAGAUUUUGUAUACUUUCAGGCACAGUUAUUAUAUUGGAUGUUACAGAUUUCAUUUGAGUUACAAGGAAACCAAGACCAAUUUAUUUUGAUUAAAGAGGAAGAUACUAUUAAGCAAUUCUGCACUGAUAUUGGAGCCAAUAUUUUAGAUUUAUCAUCUAAAAAAGGUCAAAUCCAAAAAAUCAAUAACUUUAUUAAUGUAUUGGAAUCAAUUUUAUCUUAUCAAAAAGUUACUAUUCAAAAACCUCCUAUUAUAGACUUUCUUUUGGAUAAGUUCUUAGUUGAAUGUAUUCCAAGUCUUUUAUACAUUAAUCAUAUUGAGCUUCAGAUGUCCUUAAUUAAUUUAAUAUGUAAUUAUGGAAAAGAUUCUGAAACUUUAAUUAAAUACAAGUCUAUGUUUCAAGGUUUGAUUUCAGGUUCCUCAGAAGACGGGCAAAUUCAAAGUUUGAGAAGUAAUCUUCUAACAUUUUCUUUAUUACCAGAAAAUGAAAAUAUAAUUAGAAGAGAAGAUAGAAUUAAGGUAAUUCCCAUAGUAAUCAGAGUGCUUUUAUCUAAGCUUGGAAAAGAUAAGGAAGGAUCUAAAAAAUCUAAUAACAUUGUAAGAGCAUCAAAAAAGGGAAAUAAAGCCUUAUCUUCUUCUAAUAAAAGGAAAGUCAUUAUUUCCUAUCUUUCUGAACUUCCAAAAGAAGAAAUGAGUUUACUUAUUUCUGUUAUUAUUGAUCCACUUGUUAAUGUUAAUGUUUCUUUAGACAAUUCUUCUGAUUUGAAACAGGAAGAUUAUCUUCAAAUAGAUCAUCUAAAGGACUCAGAUAUCAUGGAUAUUUUAAAGAGAUUCUCCUUAUUUAUUAAAACUCCUCAAAUUGAGUUAAAAGGUUACUAUAAAUCUACUUUACUAAAUUCUAUUAUUAGACAAGAUAAUAUAAAACAAAUAUCCAAAUUCUGGACAUGGAAUCAAUCUAAUUCUAAUCAACAAAAAGUUUCUAAAGAUUUUGGAUUUGUAUAUAAUACUAAUAUAUUCCCUUUAACUACAGAAAAACAAGAUGUUUUAUAUUCCAGAAAAAUUAAAAUAUCAAUUAAAAAUAUCAAUAUAUAUAAUUCUCAGUAUAAAGUUGUUUUGAGGUUUUUAUCUUAUUUGGAUCAUUUACUUAACUUUAUGUCUCAUACUAUUAAGGACCAUAUUCAUAUAAUUUUAAUUAUUCUUACAAACAUUUUAUAUUUAAAUCAUAAUGUUAUGAUAAAAGCAAAUCAUUUAUUAUAUGAAGAAACUAACAAUUUAAAAACUGAUCAAUUUUAUCCUAACUUUGAAGAAGAUGAAGAAAAAGAUCUUAUUAUUAAUUCUUCUUCUCUGGAUCAAAAAGAAGAAUCACAAAGAAAAAUUGCUUUAAAUAGAGUUAGGAUGACCUGUAAACAGAUAUUUCUUUCAAUUUCAAACAUAUUAAGUAAUUAUUCAGAAUUUUCAAGUUAUUUAAAAUACUUAAUUUCUCCAAUCUCUCCUAUUUUAUUGUCAAGCUUUGAGAUCAAUUUAAGAGCUUCUUCAAAUCUUCAUAUAUCUUCAAUUAUGAAUUUUAUGAUUAAUUUAUCUAAAGAAGAAACUCUUUUAGAUUUCUAUUCUUGCCUUUUUCCUCAAGUAUUACUUAAUUUUGGUAUUUUUAUAUCAGAAAAGAAUAUUUUAUCUGGUAUUUCUAAUGGUAUUACAGGAAAAGGAAAAAGAUUUAAUUCAGGUUCUGAGUUUAUUAUUUCUAAUAUAAUAGAUAUGUACUUAAAUAUUCUAUUUGGAGGACAGGAAAGAUUUUACUUGUUUCAGGAAAUAUUAAAGAAAAACAAUUUAAUAUUAAGUAACUUUAAUAACAACACCAAUUUAGUAAUCAUGGAUUUUUCUCAACAAGACAAAAAUACUAUUACUAUAUCUGAAUCUAAUUAUAUAUUUAUUUCUAAGAAAGGAUUAGAAUUAAUAUCUGAAUGUAUUCCAAAUAUUAUAGAUUCUCUUCAAAAAGUAAUGUUAACUAGGAAUUCAAAGAAAACAAGUAAUAGAUUAGAGAUUAUUACUUUUAAAGAGUUAAUUCUUCUUAAAAUAAUGGCAUUAAUUGAAAUUAAUACAAAGACAUGUAAAAUAGAGAAUAUAAUGAAUAAAAAUCAGAAAGACAUUAUAAAUGAGGAUUUAAGUAUUAUCAAGAUCAUACUAUUACUUUUACUUUCUACAAUGAAUAAAGUUCAUUCAAAAAAUGAGAGGGUAUCUAAUAAUAAUUUAAGUAUUUUUAACUUAAUUUCAAAUAUGUUAAGGAUUUUGAAUUUAAAAAUAAAUUUAAAGAAAGAUUUACUGGAUGAGAUUGAAGAUAGAUAUUGUAAGAAUAAGUUAAUAGAAAGGAUUGGUUCUUUAAUAACAUUAAGGAAUGAAGAUUUAAUAAAGGAGGAAAGUUUGUUUAAGAAUUCAUUUUUGAUUUUAAUUUCAGAUAUAAUGAGUUAUUUACUUUUAAAAACUCCACAUUUAAAGCUUAGAAGCACGAUUUCUGAGAUCCUUUUAUUUUCUGAGUUAUCUUUAUUAGGAAAAGGGGCUUAUUAUAAUUUAAUUUUGGAUUCUAUAGAAGAUGAUUAUAAUAAUUAUAUAAGUAGAAAAGGUAAAAAAGAGGGAGAAGAAUUUGGUUUUCAAGGAUUUAGCAUGAAGACAAUAAUUUUGAAACAUAAAGAAGUGAUUGAUCAAAGUGAAGAUCUUAGUAGUAACUUGAAUAUUAUAAUUCCUAUGGCUAUUUAUGGGUUAAAUAAGCCAGUAAAUAAGAGAGUUUUGGAUUCAUCAGUAGAUAUUGAUUUACAGAUAGAUAUAUUAAAGGACUUGGAGGAUAUUUUGGAAUUGGAUAAUAGUAUAAGAAUUUUAAAUAAAGAUCUAAGGCUUUUAUACCCUUUGAUAUCGCAACAAUUAUACUUAAUUGGAGGAAAUGAGGGUGGUGAUUUUUCAAUUUCAAGUUUGAGUUGUAGAUUUAUUAAAAAAUUGAUCUUAUCUUGGUGUAAUAUAAUAAAGAUGACUUUUGAGUAUCCAGAAAUCAAAAUAGAUGAGGAGAAAGAUUUAAUGAUUAGAUACAUUUUGAAGAUAUUUUUAAACCUUGUAGUGCCUUAUGAAGAGGAUAUAGUAAGAUUUUCUCAAGAUCUAAUAGUGAGAAGGAAUAUUUUACAAUUGGUUGAUGUAAUGAUUGAGAACUUUACUCCAUUUUUGGAUAUAUUCAGCUCUAGAAUGAAUAUUUCAAGAGAUCUUUUAAUAGAAAAGUUUCAUUUGAGUUUAUUCCCAAUAAUAAGCUAUAACACCACUGAAGAUAACGAAAAAGUAAGACUACUAGAAGAGUUAACACAUAUACAGAAACAUAGAAGAGCAAGGUCUCUGAAUUUCUUUGCAAGGUUUUCAAGAUUUUCUUUUGAGAAGUUUAGAAAGAGUGUAGAUCAUUUUGAAGAUGAGAUUUUUUAUUUGGGUAAAUAUAAAAUUGAAAUUCCUAUUAGCUUUUACACUGUUAAGAUACUUGGGGUUCCUUUAGCUUUAGAUGCACUACUCCAAAAGGGUUCAGGGAAAGAAACUUAUAGUUUAAGCUUAGGAGACAAUUCUUUGAGGUCUAUUGAAGCUUUUACUAUCUUUUUUGAUUGGAGAUACUGUAUUGAUCUUACUGGGUAUUUAAUAAAGCUCUUAAGACUGCUUCCUCAGAGAAAGAAUUACAUUAUUAAGGCAAUAUGUUCUUUACUGAAUUCAUUUGACUUCCAAAUUAACGAACUAGUUACCUCAAAUAUUCUUGAUAUUAAUGACUUACAAAAGGCUUCUCUUAAUGAAAAUUUGGAGCAGGAACAGGACGAUGGCUGUAGCUAUGACCAGAAUAAGAUCCAAAACCAAGACCAAACUUUGAAUGAGGUACAAUUCCAACAUAAAGAUCAAGAUCCAGUAAGAAAUCUAGAAGAACAACUAAAUGAGAUGCAGACAAGCAUCAAACAGAAACUGUUGCCUCUUUUAAGGUCCAUAAUGAUUGACAGAAGCUACAAAAUAGAUUCUAAGAAUGACCAAAGCCAUAUAAUUAGUGCAGAGCUUAGCCAUAAGGGUGGGGUAUCAAAGUCCUCGUCUCAACAGUAUGGAAUCAUUAGAUCAGAUAUCGUUUUAAUUAUUAUUCGAGUACUAAGAUGCCUACCUUCAAAGCAAUUCCAUUCAGAGCUCCCAAGACUACUUUCUCAGCUUAUCAUGGCCCUCAAAUCAAAAGAUAGGGAAAUCAGACGUAGUUCUAGAUCAUCCUUAAAGUCUAUCAGUCAAACUUUAGGAAUUCAGUAUCUACCUUGGAUAUUUACUCAAAUGUCUAGUAUACUAACAACAGGGUACCAAAUUCCUGUUUUAAUCUUUACUGUACACUCAAUACUUCAUGAAAUUACAAUUUCUAUAUCUAAUUUAAACAAAUCUGAAAGAAAUCAUAUAUUAUUUGAUGAUUGUAUACAAAUUAUAGGGAAUAUGAUUAUUGAAGAACUUAAUAGAAUUGCAGAUCCUGACAGAAGAACAACAUCAUUAGAUACUAUUGAUACUCCAAUGACUGGGUCUGUUGAUGAAGGGAAAUAUGUAAGAUCUCCUCAAAUUAUUAGGAUAUUAUCAAAACAUGUUUCUUUUCAAGGAGCUGAAAAAUUAUUUGAAUUUUUAGAAGAUUUAUUAAAUGGAAAACUAGGAGAUAGAGGAGAAGCUAGUAUUAUUUCAGAUUCUUUUAGCCAAAAAUACUUAUAUUGGUUGAAAAAUCUUCAUUUUCAAUUUUGUAUUGGAUUUAUUAAUAAUGAAAACUUUGGACAAAAUACUAAGCUUAAAUUCUCUAUAUAUAAUUUGGCUAAAGGAGUAGUUUUGGACAAAAAUAUGUUAAAAAAUGAUAUUCGUAUCUUAAUUUCUUCUUUAAAUAAAAAGAUCUUAAGAUUAUUUCAAGAUCCUCUUAACUUAUUAGAUUCUUUCAAAACUGGAACUCCUUCUCAAUCUCUUUUACCAAUUAACAAAAAACCUCAAAUUGAUAUUAUGGAAAGAAAGGAAAGAUAUUAUAAAGUACAACCUGGAGCAUCUACUGGAAGAGGUACCCAUCAAGUCAUUAAACGCCAAAAAGGCUUUGAAACUAAAGUUAAGUCAGUAGUAUUAAGCAGUUCUUGUUUAUAUUUAUUGAACCAACUGCUUAAAGUUGUUAAUAAUCUUAAUUUACCAGAAUUGGUAUCUGAUGAUGGAAAUGAAGAAUAUCUCCCUAUUAAUCUCCUUCUUGAUCAUCUUUUACCUUUAGUGGUUAUCAACUUUGCUAGUGAAUCUACUGAACUAACCUCAUCUUCUUGUAAGUGUCUAAUUAGAGCAUUAUUUAUUGAAUCUAUGGAAUCUGCUAGAAAUCUUGGUAUUUUAGAAAUUGACCAUUUGGGAUCAUUAAUCUCAAAAACUGCUCUAAAAAUUAUGGAAAGAUCUGGAGUUAACUCUAUCAACACUUCAAAUGGUAUGUCUGAGCUUAUUUCAUCAUCUAUGAAACUUUUUGUUGCCUUAUUAAUUAGACCAAAGUCUAUUGGAUGGUUUAAUCAAUUAUUUUUUGGACAUGGUUUAAAGAAAACUACUAUGUUUUAUACUAAUGUAUUAAAACAACUCCAUAUUACAAUUAAUGAUAACAGGCUUAGAAUUACAUCUCUUCAGCUUCUCAGACAAAUUAUAUUAUAUGGAAAAAAUCAGGUAACUGUUUCUAGUGAUUCUUUGGGAUCUCUUUAUUCUUUAGUAGAUUCUAUUCUUCCAUUAAUUGUUCAAUAUAGUAGUAUGGAACCAAAGAUUGUAGCUUUGGGAUGCAAUAUAUAUGUUGAUCUUUUAUUAUAUUAUCCAAUGUCAGAAAAAUCACAAAGACAAAGAAUUUCAGUCUUACUUGAGAACUUACCAGAGUAUCCUACAUCAGAAGGAAGACAAGCAUUACUUACAGCAAUUCAUACUUUAAUUACUCGUUUCCCUAUCAAACUUGUUAUGGAAUCUUAUAAUAUUAUGUUUCUUACUGGUCUUACAUUAGCUUUAUCUACUGAGACAGAAAGUAAACCAAGAUCUAUGAUUCAAAAUAUAGUUUUUGAUAUUUUGUCUAUGUACAAAAAUGACAAUCAAGCCAGAGUUAAUUUAAUUAAUCUAAUAUUUAAAGCUCUUGGUACUCUUGGAAAUAACUUAAAUAUUAAAUGUGGUUUAGUUAUUUUGAUUGAAUUCAUUAUAGAAUUUUUCAUUUCUAAAAGAGAAGUUAUUUCAAUCAAAGAAAUUGUAGAUAUUGAGAAUUUGGUAUUUUCUGAGUUGGGUCAACUUAUCUCAAUCUUUUCAAAUAUUGAUCUGGAAAAUCAAUAUAAAGACGGAAUAAAUAAAGGUACCGAUCAUAUAGAUAGUAACUCAGAUUCUGUAAUAUAUAGAUUGGAAUAUGAGACUAUUAAUUUGAUCAAUUUCUUUAUAAAUGGAGAAUUUCAAGUAUUUCAAACUAUUAACUUGGCUUGGUUUACAAAAGAGAAACUUGAGAAUAGGAAGAUCUGGUCUCAGCUUUGGAAUAUUUUGAUUAUAGAUAAAAAUAAUAAAAGAGGAUUAGAAAGUGGACAUCUUUGGGUUAAAUCUUCAGUUUUUAGAUUAGUGACUAAUUUGUUAAAGCAAUGUUUGGUUGGAGUUGUUAAACCUUCAAAUAAACAUGAAAAAUUGUUUCUUUUGGAUUUUACUCUGAAUCCAAAAAUCAUGACUAAUUUAUUUAAUAGAGUAAUUCCUAUACAGUUUAACUCUCUUUUGGAAAUAGCUCCAUGGUUAGUACCUAAAGUUUUGGCCUGUGUUCAACAUUUAAUUCUUUUAUCUAAUUUUCUAAAGGAGGAUUGGAGUCCUCCAAAAAAGCUUUCUGAGAUUGAGAAAGAAGAAGAAUUAUUAGGAGAUAAUGAACAAGAUUUACUGAAUUCUAAAUUAACAUCCUCUCUAUACAAUAUUGAGCCAAAAAAAGGAUUUAAAAAGAUUAAGAUUUCAAAAGAGAAUGAGGUAAAUGAUGAGGAUUGGCUCAUUAUAGAUAAAGGUGAAAAAUCAGGAGAAGAUGAUGAAAAUGAUUCUGAUAGUUAUACAUUUUCAUCAUCUUCAAAAACUUCAAAAUCUGUCAUUUUCACAGAAAAUGAUCAUGUUGAAGAUGAUUUAGAUGACUUCCUUAUAAGUCAAAUCCCAGAAGCUGAUAUUAAAGAAGAUAAGGAAGAUAAAAGUUAUAACUAUAAAAACCAAGACAAUAAUAGUAUUUUAAAGGAAGAUGAUUUAGACCAAGAUUCAAUUUUGAAAAACUCAAAAUUAAUCAUAGAUAAGAAUUCAACUAUUAGAAAUGAGGCUUAUUGGUGGGUAAUAGAUAGGAUUGCUUGUUGCAAUAGAUUUUAUUCUACCAGACCAGGAAGUUUUAGAGUAAGGUUACUUUUAAGCUUAAGAUCUCUUUACGAUAUAAUUGGAUUUUUGCCAAUUAUAAUAAGAGAUACUGGAUGUAAUUUAGAAGAUCCUAAGAUACAAAGUUCUUUAAAACAUGCAAUUAGAGCUCUUUAUCAGAGUUCUACUAUGGUUAAGAAACAAGAUUUCACAGAAAAAGGAUUCCAUAUUUACAAUAUUACCAAUUUUGAUUGGGUUGAAAAUAUUCAGAAAUUGAGUGUAUAUCAGAUUAUUACUCAAACUUGUAUAUUUGGUCAAAGAACAGUAGAAAGAUGGGACAAAGUUUUUAAUGAUAUAGGAAAGUCAAAUAUUCUUUUAGGUUGUCUUUCAGAAGCUAGAAAGAAUGUAAUUUCAAAUAGAAUAGAAAGAAAGACUAAAUUAAAAUUAGAUAGAGUAAUAAAUCCAGAGAUAGCUUUUAAGAGAAAGAAAGCAAUGAGGGAAAGAACUAAAAAAAAUAGGAAAAGAAAGUUAAAGAUAAAAAUUGAGAAUAGAAAGCUAAACAAGCUAUAG